AUGGUCUUCACUCAUACACCUAGAUACGAGAUUGCCGUUUGGAGUAUCUUUAGUUACUUUUCCAUAUGGUAUGACGUAGCAUACAUCAGCCUUCGCCCUCACACCCUGCCUGGUGGCAAAUGGCAUGGUCCUGUCUUCAAGCCCAUGGUACGAUGGGCUGCCAUCAACAACCUAUACGGAGAACAGGCCUGGAAUGAUAACGACACUGUUCUAGCCGCCAAGGCCAAUAUCGGCUGUUUUGAAGCGAACCUUCACCUGAUCUAUCUGUGUCAACUUGUUCGUGCAGGCGGACUGAGUUGGACAAUGGGAACCAGUAGAAUUAGCGGUCGGCUCACUGCACAAACUGUUCUCUUCAGCUUGCUCGCUAUGGCCAUCCAGGCGACCAAGCUCAGUUUUUACAUUGCAGCGCAGCUGACUUCUGAGCGUUUCCGGGAGCACACCUCUUCUCUUCCAGUCUGGAUCUGGAUCCAUUAUUCAAUCCUUUUCGUCUCUGCGUGCGCGGUAGUAGCAUUUUUGAACGAAAUAUCCGUUGGCUUAACGAACAACGAGGCAGCGCAGCCGCCCCAGGCGUCUAUCGCGGAGAAACUACCAACGCAGUAUCUAGAGUAA